AUGCCUACCCUCGUUGGAAAAGAAGUCGGCCCCACCGGCUAUGGAACGAUGAGAAUGACUUGGCAAGCGCACCCACCUGCCCAGGAAGUGUGUUUCGAGACUCUCAGCAAAGCUCUGGAGCUCGGUGCCAACUUCUGGAAUGGUGGCGAGCUCUACGGCACCCCCGAGUACAACUCCUUGCAUCUGCUAAACAAGUAUUUUACCAAGUACCCCGAGCAUGCAGACAAGGUCGUGCUUAGCAUCAAGGGUGGAUUGAAGCCCGGCCAGCUAGUCCCAGACGGAUCGGAAGAGAACAUCCGCCGCAGCGUUGACGAGACUCUGCGCCUGCUGGAUGGCAAAAAGAAGGUGGACAUCUUCGAGUGUGCGCGCCAGGACCCCCAGUUCCCGGUUGAGCACACUGUCGAGGUCCUUGCACAGUACGUCAAGGAGGGCAAGAUUGGCGGCAUUGGCCUGAGUGAAGUGGAUGCUGAGACUAUUCGGAGAGCACACAAGGUCCAUCCCAUUGCCGCCGUCGAGGUUGAGUUGUCGCUCUGGUCGACCGACAUCCUCGAGAAUGGCAUUGCAAAGACCUGCGCGGAGCUCAAUAUCCCUGUCAUUGCUUACUCGCCUCUUGGCCGGGGUGCCAUGGCGGGCGCAGUAACCUCAAUCAAUGACAUCCCUGAGGGUGAUUUCCGCCGGCACUUGCCCCGCUUCCAGGGGGAAAACUUCCAGCACAACCUAAAGCUCAUCAAUGAGGUCAGCAGCCUAGCUUCUCGCAAGAAUGCUGCCCCAUCUCAGAUUGCCCUGGCCUGGAUCCGCAGCCUCAGCGGCAAGCCCGGCAUGCCCACCAUAAUUCCUAUCCCCGGCGGCACUACUGUCGACAAGGUGGUUCAGAACAUGAGUGGAGUCAGCCAGCUCACAGAUAAGGAAUUGGCUGAAAUCGAUGCUAUCUUGAAGGAGCAUGAGGUCGCUGGGGGCCGUUAUUGA